CAGCUGCAGGCGGCCAAUAGCGUUUCGCGGUGUCUGGUGACAGCACUCGGGAGCCAGUUCCCUCCAGCAGCGGGGAGCUUCAUUUCCGAGUCUGUUUCUGUGCUAAAAUGGAGGCCUCCUCCUCGCCUUAACUAAGUGGAAUCGCCCUUGCGGUGCAGCAGCGUAGAUGUCGAAAUGCCAUGCAGCCGGGAGCAGGAUGGUUGUGGACGCGCCGAGUUCCAAUGAGCCUUUCCAGCCUGUGGCCCUCAUGCACUUCCGAGAUGUCCCGCCUGCGGAGCAGGAGAAGCUCUUCAUCCAGAAGUUGCGCCAGUGCUGUGUGCUCUUUGACUUUGUCUCCGAUCCACUGAGCGACCUGAAAUGGAAGGAGGUGAAGAGGGCGGCGCUGAGCGAGAUGGUGGAGUACAUCACCCACAGCAGGAAUGUCGUCACGGAGCCCAUCUACCCCGAGGUGGUGCACAUGUUCGCUGUGAACAUGUUCAGGGCACUGCCACCAUCAUCCAACCCCACAGGGGCAGAGUUUGAUCCGGAAGAGGAUGAGCCCACGCUUGAGGCUGCAUGGCCACACCUUCAGCUUGUCUACGAGUUUUUCCUCAGAUUUUUGGAGUCUCCAGACUUUCAGCCGAAUGUAGCUAAGAAGUACAUUGACCAGAAGUUUGUGAUGCAGCUGCUGGAGCUCUUUGACAGUGAAGAUCCACGAGAGAGAGACUUCUUAAAAACAACGCUGCACCGGAUCUAUGGCAAAUUUCUUGGACUGCGGGCAUACAUCAGGAAGCAGAUCAACAACAUCUUUUAUCGAUUCAUCUAUGAAACAGAGCACCACAAUGGAAUAGCAGAAUUGCUGGAGGUAUUAGGAAGUAUUAUCAAUGGGUUUGCCUUACCUUUAAAAGAAGAGCACAAAAUUUUCCUUUUGAAAGUUUUACUGCCUUUGCACAAAGUAAAGUCACUUGGUGUGUACCAUCCGCAGCUCGCAUACUGCGUGGUGCAGUUUUUAGAAAAAGACAGCACUCUCACCGAACCAGUCGUUAUGGCUCUUCUCAAGUACUGGCCAAAGACUCACAGUCCAAAAGAAGUGAUGUUUCUGAAUGAGCUGGAGGAAAUCUUGGAUGUGAUUGAGCCCUCUGAGUUUGUGAAGGUCAUGGAACCACUGUUCCGGCAGCUGGCCAAGUGUGUCUCAAGUCCUCACUUUCAGGUUGCAGAGAGGGCACUUUAUUACUGGAACAACGAGUACAUCAUGAGCCUCAUCAGCGACAACGCAGCCAGGAUCCUCCCCAUAAUGUUCCCUGCUCUCUACCGAAACUCCAAAACUCACUGGAAUAAGACCAUCCAUGGGCUAAUCUAUAAUGCUCUGAAACUCUUCAUGGAGAUGAACCAGAAAUUGUUUGAUGACUGCACUCAACAGUUCAAGGCAGAGAAGAACAAAGAAAAAGCUAAAUUAAAAGAGCGGGAAGAGGCAUGGCUCAAAAUUGAAAACCUGGCCAAAUCGAACCCACAGUUCUUUAUGUACGCAGAUUUCCCUGAGCUCCACAGCCCGACAGAAAUGGAGACAGACGGCCCGGUAAUAGAAGAUAUUCAGAUCUUAAAAAAGACUGUGGAGGAAGAAGCAGCUCAGCUGCAGAAGGAACAGCGAAAAGAGCGCCCCUUGAUGCGACGAAAGUCAGAGCAGCCUCAGGAUAUCUACACCGUCAAAGCCUUGGAGACUCAUCGCCAUGCCGACGACAUGCUAAUGCACCACGAUGGUCGUUAACUGCCUCUCCGCUGACCAGUGCGAUUACGGUACUGGUUCGAGACCAACUGGACAUGUACCCCAGGACCCCCACGGUGUGUGGACCCACCCCACUCAUGGGCCAGCCCUACGUACGUUGCUCUGUGGCUUCAGCUUUCUCAGGUUUUGUUCUUCUUGGUUUCUGUUUUCUUUACUUCCAUGUUAUAUGACUUUCAUCCUCAGUUGUAUGUGCCUGGACUUUGCUUUUUUGUGUUUGCUGCCUUUUUUUUUUUUUAAUUUUUAAAAAAAAAACAAUUUCCAAAAGGCAAAUAAAACUAUCCCAGGUUGUGAUACAUCUGGUUGAAUGCAUGUACAACAGCAGCAAGGGGGAGCAGAGCAGUGGACUGGUGAAAUACUGGUUCCUCAUCUUUGAAAGGGCACAUGGCCAGAAGAGCUCUUGUUUUGGAACGUGCCUGUUCUUCAUCCUUUUGUAGGCCCAGAGACAGCUAACAGUGCCAAAUUUAUUUCUUUACAUGUGUUUUAUCUGACAUUUGUAACAUGAGUGGAUGGGGUGAAAUCCUUUUUUCCCUGACUUGUUAAAAAAAAAAAAAAAAAUCCCCUUACGUGUUGAAUAUUGGCCGACAAAGUAGCUAUUACCAUCGGACCGACAUUCAGAGAGAAAACAAACGCACACCCAUUACUGGACUCAAUAUAUAAAUCCUUCAACUUGCAUUUACAUUUUUUCAGUGCAGCUAAUUUUAGGUUUAUGAUUAUUAAGGAACUAGAUUUUCCCAAAAUCUAGUAUGAAUUUUGGUGGUUCAAACAAUGGUCCACUUCCAUAACAAGGAGGCUGAGGCUUG